GACGGCCCCACAACUCUGUGCGGCGCGGCGGAGGGGGCGCGCUUGACUGACAGGAGGCGGUGGCGCGGUUGCGAGCGCAGGCUCUUUGCCAGAGGCCUCUGCUCACUCCAGACAGCUGACGCCCAUCAAGGAUGCGCAUGCCGGCCGCUUCCUGCAGGCUUUGCUUCACCCGGAGGUGAGCCCAGGCCAGGAUGGGGGACUCCAGGGACCUUUGCCCUCACCUUGACUCCAUAGGGGAGGUGACCAAAGAGGACUUGCUGCUCAAAUCUAAGGGAACCUGUCAGUCGUGUGGGGUCACCGGACCAAACCUGUGGGCCUGUCUCCAGGUUGCCUGCCCCUAUGUUGGCUGUGGAGAAUCCUCUGCUGACCACAGCACAAUUCACGCACAGACAAAAAAGCACAACUUGACCGUGAACCUGACCACGUUCCGGCUAUGGUGUUAUGCCUGUGAGAAGGAGGUAUUCCUGGAGCAGCAGCUGGUGGCCCCUCCUCCGGGCUCCUUCUCCAAGUUCUCUGAACAGGACUCCCCACCACCCUCCCACCCUCUGAAAGCUGUUCCUAUUGCGGUGGCCGACGAAGGAGAGUCCGAGUCAGAGGAUGAUGACCUGAAACCGCGAGGCCUCACGGGCAUGAAGAACGUCGGGAACUCCUGCUACAUGAACGCAGCCCUGCAGGCCCUGUCCAAUUGCCCUCCACUGACUCAGUUCUUCUUGGAGUGUGGAGGCCUGGUGCGCACUGACAAGAAGCCAGCCCUGUGCAAGAGCUACCAGAAGCUGGUCUCUGAAGUCUGGCACAAGAAACGGCCAAGCUACGUGGUCCCCACCAGUCUGUCUCAUGGGAUCAAGUUGGUCAACCCAAUGUUCCGAGGCUAUGCUCAGCAGGACACCCAAGAGUUCCUUCGCUGCCUGAUGGACCAGCUGCACGAGGAGCUCAAGGAGCCAGCAGUGGCCACGGUGGCACUGAUGGAGGCACGGGACUCAGACUCAAGUGACACGGAUGAGAAACGGGAGGGUGAUCGGAGCCCGUCAGAAGACGAGUUCUUGUCCUGUGAUUCAAGCAGCGACCGGGGUGAGGGUGACGGGCAGGGUCGUGGCGGGGGCGGCUCGCAGGCAGAGACAGAGCUGCUAAUCCCAGAAGAGGCGGGCAGAGCCAUCUCCGAGAAGGAACGGAUGAAGGACCGCAAGUUCUCCUGGGGCCAGCAGCGCACAAACUCAGAGCAAGUGGAUGAGGACGCCGAUGUGGACACUGCCAUGGCUGCCCUUGAUGACCAGCCUGAGGAGGCCCAGCCCCCAUCAUCACGGUCCACCAGCCCCUGCCGGACGCCAGAGCCGGACAAUGAUGCCCACCUGCGAAGCUCCUCUCGCCCCUGCAGCCCCAUCCAUCACCACGAGGGCCAUGCCAAGCUGUCCAGCAGCCCUCCCCGUGCAAGCCCCGUGAGGAUGGCACCGUCGUAUGUGCUCAAGAAAGCCCAGGUCUCGAGUGCCGGCAGCCGGAGGCGGAAGGAGCAGUGCUACCGCAGCGUCAUCUCUGACAUCUUCGACGGCUCCAUCCUCAGCCUCGUGCAGUGUCUCACUUGUGACCGGGUGUCCACCACGGUGGAGACGUUCCAGGACCUAUCACUGCCCAUUCCUGGCAAGGAGGACCUGGCCAAACUCCACUCAGCCAUCUACCAGAACGUGCCCGCCAAGCCGGGCGCCUGUGGAGACAGCUAUGCCACCCAGGGCUGGCUGGCCUUCAUUGUGGAGUACAUCCGACGGUUUGUGGUAUCCUGUACCCCCAGCUGGUUUUGGGGGCCUGUCGUCACCCUGGAAGACUGCCUUGCUGCCUUCUUUGCCGCUGAUGAGCUGAAGGGUGACAACAUGUACAGCUGUGAGCGGUGUAAGAAGUUGCGGAACGGAGUGAAGUACUGCAAAGUCCUCCGGUUGCCUGAGAUCCUGUGCAUUCACCUGAAGCGCUUUCGGCACGAGGUGAUGUACUCGUUCAAGAUCAACAGCCACGUCUCCUUCCCUCUCGAGGGGCUCGACCUUCGGCCCUUCCUUGCCAAGGAGUGCACAUCCCAGAUCACCACCUACGACCUCCUCUCGGUCAUCUGCCACCACGGCACGGCAGGCAGUGGGCACUACAUCGCCUACUGCCAGAACGUGAUCAACGGGCAGUGGUAUGAGUUCGACGACCAAUAUGUCACGGAGGUCCACGAGACUGUGGUGCAGAAUGCCGAGGGCUACGUGCUCUUCUACAGGAAGAGCAGCGAGGAGGCUGUGCGGGAGCGGCAGCAGGUGGUAUCCCUGGCCGCCAUGCGGGAGCCCAGCCUGCUGCGGUUCUACGUGUCCCGAGAGUGGCUCAACAAGUUCAACACGUUCGCGGAGCCGGGGCCCAUCACCAACCAGACCUUCCUCUGCUCCCAUGGAGGCAUCCCACCCAACAAAUACCACUACAUCGACGACCUGGUGGUCAUCCUGCCGCAGAACGUCUGGGAGCACCUGUACAACAGAUUUGGGGGUGGCCCCGCCGUGAACCACCUGUACGUGUGCUCCAUCUGCCAGGUGGAGAUCGAGGCACUGGCCAAGCGCAGGAGGAUUGAGAUCGACACCUUCAUCAAGCUGAACAAGGCCUUCCAGGCUGAGGAGUCGCCGGGCGUCAUCUACUGCAUCAGCAUGCAGUGGUUCCGGGAGUGGGAGGCCUUCGUCAAGGGGAAGGACAACGAGCCCCCGGGGCCCAUUGACAACAGCAGGAUCGCACAGAUCAAAGGAAGUGGCCAUGUCCAGCUGAAGCAGGGAGCUGACUAUGGGCAGAUUUCGGAGGAGACCUGGACCUACCUGAACAGCCUGUACGGGGGCGGCCCCGAGAUCGCCAUCCGCCAGAGCGUGGUGCAGCAGCCGCCGGCCCCAGAGAGCCUGCACGGGGAGCAGAAGAUUGAAGCCGAGACUCGGGCCGUGUGACUUGCUGGGCCGGUCUGUAAGUUGCCCGGCUGCUCCCUCCACAGCACUCUGGGUCCUCUCCUCCCUCUCCAGGGAUCUCGUGUGUCCCCUUGAGCAUCUGAAGACCAGGUCCCUGACGGCACCUUCUGGAGGCUGUGGGAGGCCCUGCAUGCAGCCCGGCCCCCCCUGCUGAGUGCCCUUGUCCCCACAGCCCUGUGUGCCCCACCCGCAGAGGGCGUGUUUAUGCCCAGAAGAGUGGCCGGGCCGCUGCAGAGCCCCGCUGUGUAAAGAGGCAGUAAAGUUGGUUUGGUUCGCAGUGAGGAAUGCUGCGACCAGAAAAUACAAGCACUUCAGGCUUGUUCAAACGACCAGGACUCUGUGAUGUUACUUUGGGUGUUUGUCCUGGCAGUGCCCCUGCCAGUCACUGUCAUCAUUGUGUCCCCUACAACUGCCCUGUCGCUAGCUCAGCCCAGCUUUAUCCCUGGAGCCCAGUGCCACCCGCCUCAGUCAGAGGCUUUGACCUAGGACAGAGUCGGGGAGAAGCUGCCAGGGAGAAGCAGCUGCUUCCACUCGGCCCAGACUGACGACUUGAAGGGAGCUGCUCAGAGCUGGUGAGCGCAGCCAGAAGCCCCUGCCAGUGAGGAGCUCACAGGGCCUCCCUGAUGGUCCCCGCACCCUUGCCUCUCCUGGUCGUCACCAGAAAGACCCUGAAGUCUCAGGCUGCUCUUAGCACUUUUCCUGCAGACUGAAGACUGGACUCAUUGGUGAUUGGAGUACCACCAGGAGGAGAGGUUGGAUUUCCACCAGUGGGGAAUGUUUCUGGAGGCAGCUGGUCCCCUGCACUGCGUCCUGCUGAGCCUGCCACCUGGAUGGACUGUAAUUUGCCUCGAAGUUCAGCGGUUCAUCUUCACGGGAAAUUUGCCGAGCCCCCACCAGGGACCUGGAUGAUGAAACAGGGAUACCUCACAGCGCCGCCACUUGCUGCGGAGGCAGCUUCCCAGGCCGACACCAGGGAAGGCAGACUUUCCCUGCCUCCCAGCUCCAGCAGUGCAGAGCCGGUGUGCAAGGGGCAGCGCUCAGGCGAAUCCUGGGAAGUGGCCUCUGGAUGCUGAGUGGAGAAACCCACUGAGCACAGCAAGGCACCAAAGCCCCUGGAGGAACCACGAGGGUGAGAGGUGCCGCCGUCGUUAGGGUCAAAGCAGGCAGGGCGUGGGUGGGGAAGGGGCUCUGGGACCAGGCCCCCCUCACAACUGUGGUCAUCAGUCUCUAGAAGCAGAUGCUGGUGGAAAUUCUAGCAGGUGGUUCCGGCAGAGGCCCCGAGGCCUCACUUUUCAGAUUUUCUCUCCCAGAUCCUGCUCCCUCCCUGCUGAGCCUGGGGUUCCCUGGCAUCGGCCCCAAAGCCACUGCUGCAGCCAGAGGCCACAGGCCAUGCUAUGGUGACACAGUGAGGCUGCUGUGCAGGCUGUGAUCUGACCCCACGUCUGCGCUGUCUAGUGUGUGUUCAGAAUGUCAGAAUAAACAGAACAAACAUUC